AGUUUCCAUUUUCCUUCUCGGCAGAGCCCAGUGCCCAGCAGACGGGCUGCACCUAGCAGACGGGCUAAGCCAAGCAGACGGGCUGCGCCUAGCAGGGCUGCUCUUGGCUGGUGGUGCAGGUGAGGCUGGACGUGAGGCUGGACUUGAGUCAGAAUGGAGCUGCGACCCUACCAGUGGGAGGUGAUCAUGCCUGCCCUGGAGGGCAAGAAUAUCAUCAUAUGGCUGCCCACGGGGUCUGGGAAGACCCGGGCAGCUGCUUAUGUGGCCAAGAGGCACCUCGAGACUGUGGACAGAGCCAAGGUGGUGGUAUUAGUCAACAGGGUACACUUGGUGACCCAGCAUUAUGAAGAGUUCAGCCACAUGCUAGAUGGGCGCUGGGCCAUCACAACCCUGAGAGGGGACAUGGGGCCACGACCUGGCUUUGGCCACUUGGCCCGGAAGAAUGAUCUGCUCAUCUGUACGGCUGAGCUGCUGCAGAUGGCACUGGUCAGCACUGAGGAGGAGGAACACGUGGAGCUCAAUGAGUUCUCCCUGCUCGUGGUGGAUGAGUGUCACCACACGCACAAGGACACUGUCUACAACAUCAUCCUGAGUCGGUACCUACAGCAUAAACUCCAGAGGACGUGGCCCCUGCCUCAGGUGCUGGGUCUCACCGCCUCCCCAGGCACUGGCAGGGCCACCAAUCUCGAUGGAGCCAUUGACCACAUCUUGCAGCUCUGUGCCAGCCUGGACACAUGGCGCAUCAUGUCGCCCCAGACCUACCGCCCCCAGCUGCAGGAGCACAACCGCCAGCCCUGCAAACAGUAUGAUCUUUGCCACAGGCGCAGCCAGGACCCGUUUGGGGACAUGCUGAAGAAGCUCAUGAACCAAAUCCAUGACCACCUGGAGAUGACCGAGUUGAGCCGGGACUUUGGGACGCAGAUGUAUGAGCAGCAGGUGGUGGAGCUGAGCCAGACGGCUGCUGAGGCCGGGCUCCAGCAGCAGCGGGUGUACGCGCUUCACCUGCGGCGUUACAACGAUGCGCUGUUUAUCCACGACACGGUACGCGCGGUGGACGCCCUGGCGGCACUGCAGGAUUUCUACGACAGGGAGCGUGACACCAAGACCCAGGUUCUGCGUGCCGAGCGCUGGCUGCUGGCGCUGUUCGAUGACCACAAGAAUGAGCUGGCCCUCCUGGCAACUCAAGGCCCUGAGAACCCGAAACUGGAGAUGCUAGAACAGAUCCUGAAGAAGCAGUUUGGGAACCCUGGCAAUCCCAGGGGCAUCGUCUUCACCUGCACCCGUCAGAGUGCUCACUCCCUCCUCCUCUGGCUCUGGCAGCAGCCUGGUCUGCAGACAGUGGACAUCAGGGCCCAGCUGCUGAUUGGGGCUGGGAAUAGUAGCCGGGGCACCACUAUGACCCAGAGGGACCAGCAAGAAGUGAUUCGCAAGUUCCGAGUUGGCACCCUGAACCUCCUGGUGGCCACAAGUGUGGCGGAAGAGGGACUGGACAUCCCCCAGUGUAAUGUGGUGGUGCGCUAUGGGCUCCUGACCAACGAGAUCUCCAUGGUCCAGGCAAGGGGCCGUGCCCGGGCCAAUGAGAGUGUGUACUCGUUCGUGGCAACCCAUGGCAGUCGGGAGCUGCAGCGGGAGCAGACCAACGAGGCACUGGAGAUUCUGAUGAAACGGGCAGUGACUGCUGUGCAGGAGAUGGACCCGGCUGAGUACCAGGCCAAGAUCCGAGAUCUGCAGAGGGCAGCCCUGGUCAAGAGGGCAGCCCAGGCAGCCCAGCAGGAGAGUAGACGGCAGCAGUUCCUGGCGGAGCAGGUGCAGCUCCUCUGCAUCAACUGCAUGGUGGCCGUGGGCCAUGGGAGCGACUUGCGGAAGGUGGAGGGUACCCACCAUGUCAACGUGAACCCCAACUUCUCGAUCUACUACAAUGUCUCGCAGAAGCCUGUGGUCAUAGACAAAGUCUUCAAGGACUGGAGGCCUGGAGGCACCAUUAGCUGCAAGAACUGUGGGGAACUAUGGGGUCUACAGAUGAUCUACAAGUCGGUGAACCUGCCAGUGCUCAAAGUCCACAGCAUGCUGCUGGAGACGCCACAAGGGCGGGUCCAGCCCAAGAAGUGGUCCCGCGUGCCCUUUCCCGUGCCUGACUUCAACUUCGUGCAGUACUGUGCCCAGAACCUGUCAGAACUCUCCCUGGCCUAACCAUCUUGUCACUGCAGUGCCUGGCUCGGGCUGCAGGGGGCAGGAGAAUCCACAACAGCUACUGUCUUCUGAGCAAAGCCUGGGUGCACCCCCCUCCUGGCUGAAUCACCAGCUCAUGCGCCCAGGCUACCUGACUCCCACACUGAGGAAGCAGCUGAAGGGCCACAGCUCACCCUCUGACCCCCCUCCCACCCACACAGACACUCAUACACACUGGAUGGAGUGGGAAUGGGGUUGGGGAGGACCGGAGGCAGGAGAAUACCCCCUUAUCCACGGUUUCGCUUUUCAGUUACCCACAGUCAACUGCAGUCCGAAAAUAUUAAAUGGAAAACUCCAGAAAUAAACAAUCUAUAAAUUUUAAA